AAUCAGAGAUGCUGCUCUCGGUGUUGCUAGGCAACAUCACAUCACUACAUCACUACAUCACUCUGGGAGCCGCUUUCUAGAUCAUUCCAGUUCCAGCAGUUCACUGAGGAGCCUCUCCUGUGUUUACCUGCUUGUGCAGCUUCCUGAGAAGAUACCCUCAUAUAAAGGGAAAAUGUCUUGGAGUAAUACCGUCUCUACAAAUCUGGGAAGGUGUUCAGAAGUGCUUGCUGCAAACGCCUCCAAGAUGUGGUCUUUAGUCUCCUCAGACAAGAAUGAACAGCUGAUCAGAUCUACUCAGACCCUCCAUCACUAUGUGAACAGAUACUUCACAAUCACCAACAGACUGUUGAUCAUAAUCAAUACUCACUUUGGAGAAAGCUACUCCAGUGUCUCUGCAGAUGAGAGCAAAAGUAUUAAGGACAACUGUGCCAUAGUUAGAGAAGCUAUGAGCAUGAUUCUUGAAGUUUCUAGAAGAAAGGAAAAGCAAAUCCUUAAGAUCAUUGAACCUGAUAUUUAUGAUAAGAUUGCCUUCACUGGGGUGUCACUGAAAGACAAGGCUGCAGUGAUAAGGGACUUUCAUGCGGACAAAUUGGGAGUCUUUGGGAAUAUCUGUCUUCCACUAGUCGCUAUUCAGCUGGCGAAAAGUGAGUUAGAGAACGUGAAGCCUCCAACCGAGGAGCAUGAUCUGCCGAUUCUGUCCUUAAAACUGGGAGAUCUCGUGAAGAGCAGCAAAAGCAUCGCUAAGCUUCUGUGUGAACAAAGCCAGCAAACAGACCUCAGUGAAGCCACACAGUUAGUGGAAGACGGCAUCUCUAUUCUGAAGCCACCCUGCGAUGCCUACAGUCACAUUGCUGGAGAAGUCCAAGCCUAUGUCAAAAUCAUAUCUGAAAAUAUCUAGAGCAGAAUAGGGCCGUAUGCACGGUGUUCCUCAUCAUUGAUAUUUUAUGCCUUCUAUGCAUGCAAGAAAUGUGAGGCUACUUUAUUAUAGAGCACAGAUCUAUCAGGAUUCAAAUGUUUAGUAGAAACACAUGGACUCAAUUGUGUGCUGUGCAAUUAAAUAAAGAGAAAGCUUUCCAGAGUAUUCGAUUCCUGUUAUACCUCUAAAAUGACACCUCACUUUGUUCACCAUUCAGUACUCCGUCGCUCCAGCACUAACUCACCACUAACAUAUAACAUUACCAAUAAAACCUGUUUUCAGUAGCUUCCACUGCUCUGUAUCUAAAUCAGUUAUCAUGGCUAUUCGAGAUUUG